UGACGAUCAAUCGUUGUUUGAAGAUGUAGUAAAAUAAGACUAUUGGAAUAAUUACGCGGGUUUAUUAACAAUAACGCGUUAUUAUAAGCAGAAGAACAAACACAUAAAACUUUAAUCUCACUCUCAAAUGCCACUGGUAUUACAUUUUUCAAUUCUAAAACUUCAAUUCAGGCACUGUAAUAAAAAAAGGUUUUACUCGUUUAGUCUAAUUAUUAUAAUUAAAAAGUAGUUUAGUAGUUUUUUUCAUUUUGCGUUUGCGCCGAGUUGAGAGUGGUCGUGUCAUUUAGUUGACAAGUGCGUUAUAAUUGUGGAAUAUUGAUUACACGUUUUUAGUGCGUAUACCGACUACAUCGGUUCAUCGAACACUGCGAGUGGAAUACUAGUUGAUUUACCUACACUGAUUAUAAGAGAAUAAUAUUAAUUCACUCUUCUUUUGCAAUAAACGAGCGAGUGACAUAAAACUGUAAAUAUGUGCUCUCGUACUCCGCCGAAGUGUGCAUCAAAUCCAGAUUUACCUACAUCUGCGCACGCUGAGGAUUUAUAUAUUAACAUCCGUAAACGCAAACAACCCGAAGACGAUAAUCUACAUCUACAAAUGAAACUAUUGGAGCAGAAAAUGGACUCACAAUUUCAUACAUUCAGUAGCAAUCUCGAUAAUAAGAUCACUGAGAUAAUUAAUACAACUUUAAGAUCAACUAUUUUGACCGAGUUUUCAAAGAUUAAUGCUUCCUUGGAUGCGUUAAAUAAUACCGUCAUGAGUUUGCGCUCAGAUAACACAAGUUUUAAAGAAUCGUUAACAAGCAUAAAUACACGUUUGGCCGAAAUGGAGAAAUCUCUAAGUUUUUCAAACGAACGUCAGGAAACAUUCGAUAAGCAACUACAAUCAUUACAAAAUCAUAUGGAGAAAAAUAGUACCCUACCUGAACAUAUACAAAUACUGGAGGUCAAAUUAGCAGCAAUAGAACAGCAAGCUAGAGACUGCAACAUUGAAAUUGUUAACCUACCUGAAAGACGUAAUGAAAACCUAUGCAAUAUUAUAACUAACCUCGGAGUGAUUAUUAAACAACAGAUACUCCCAUCGGAUAUUAUAUCUGUACACAGAGUGCCGCAUGCUGACCAAAAAGAUUCACGGCCCAAAAAUAUUAUUGCAAAAUUAUCUACUAGAAUACUUCGUGACAAUAUAAUAGCAGCAUGCCGUUCUACGAAGAAUAUCAGUAGUGAACAAUUAGGUAUCUCCGGGUCGGUACAAAGAAUCUUCAUCAAUGAACACUUAACCAUACAAAAUAAACGCUUAUUUCGUGAGUGUCGUGAAAAGGCCAAAUUACAUGAUUAUAAAUACGUAUGGGUUAAACAUGGUGUCAUUCUGGUCGCGACAUCUCAACGAGCUGUACAGUCCUUCAAAUUCCCUCAAUUAUACGCUGAGACGAUCAUUGAAAGAUACUCUUCACCUAAUAUACCGUUGUCAGUCUCAGAAAAUGAUUUGACUUGUAAAAAUCUUGCAUCACAAAUACAGAAUAUGGUGUUCGAAAAAUUCCGCAGCAAUAGUAAUAUGCCUAUCUUUGCGCCUUUAGUAAAUGAUAUUAAAAAGUCUAUGAGUAAAUGUCCCCUUUGCCCUAUAGUCAAUGUUAACAGCCAAUCGAAAUCGUACAUAGCUCCCAAUAUCGUUUCGAAGAUGAUACAAGCUAGUGUUAUUCCCAACACUAUAACUAAUAUACCUAGAGUUAAAAGGAAUAUUGGCGGGAAAGUGUUUACAGAUUCCUCGGCCAUUUUGAAUAACUACAAUUUUGGAUUCAGAAAUGUCGCCCUUUAGCAUAGUUGUUUAUGAAUUAUUUAUUUAUUUAUUGUAAAUACAUAAUAUUUAUAAAAAAGUUUUUUUAUUGUUUGACAUUCUUUAUAGAGGUUUUAAAAUCCUUUUUGAACCCACAUCCCCGACAUAAUAUAUUUUUUCUAAAAUUAGCCGAAAAAAAGAUGGCUAAGUUUAACUUAAAUUUCAGCUUGAUCCGUUGUUGUCUUCUAAUCAAAAAACUUUAUAAAUACUCCUCUACAAAAUGGUAUUAAUAGGGUAUAUCCAAGAUAUACGCCCAACUUUUUACUUGACUGCCCAAAAAGGAUUGUAUAUUGUGUAGAUAUUUUACGCUUAGGGUUAAUAAAGUGAAUUGACUUUAUUCUACAUUAACUUUUGAAAUACUUACCGAAUGUGAAAGUAUAGGAUAACAUUAAAAAUGUUAAGUACAUCAUCCCGAGUGUCACCGGCUAUAUAUUUUUUAAAAUUCAACAUGGCGGAUGUUCGACGUGAUUUAAUAAAAUAUGAAGAUAUUUAUUUUUUCUUCUAGCAAUAUGGGUAUCAAAUUAAAGGUCACACUCCAAAAAUACAUAGCUUGUAUACAUAAUUAAAUGUUCACUAAAUGAAAUAAAAUAAAUAAUUAAAAACACGACUACCAAAAUCCUUUUAGAUUACAAAAAUUCCACAGAACAAUCCCUAUCUUAUAAUCCAAUAC